GGCAAAGGCAGGGAGCCAGGGGCCAAUACUACAUAUAAGUUAAAUAGGGCAGCUGCUCUGUGAGGCUGAGGAGACUCAGAAGUGAAAGUUGAAGACUCCACAGGCUUCUUUUUCAGCACAGAAAGCGAAGCUUCUCUUUUCCUUCAUUAUUACCUCAACUCAUUUUUUGCAAACUUACUCGCUCAUUUAUUUCUUUUCUCAUUCUUCUCUUGACCCUUCUCUCAAUUCCAACAUAUUUCAAGGGAGGAAGGAAGGAAGAAGAAGAAAAAAAAAAAAUAAAGGAAAAACAACAGAAACUUGAUAUGGAUUACUUUGAUCUUGAGGACCCAUUCACAAGCUUGAAAGAACACCAACCUGAUACAAUCUCAGCUCUUUUCUCCUCAGAAUCUGACCACAUGCCUCCACAGAACUACCUUCGAUGUUUAAAGACCGGUGACUUCUAUGUUUCUUUCCGACAGGAAGCCAUUUCUCUCAUGUUGCAGCUUGUUUUAGUUGGUCAGGCACAGUAUUCUUGUAACCUUGAUCCUUACACGCCAUACCUGGCUGUUAACUACAUGGAUCGGUUCAUCUCCAGGCAGGAUAUCCCGCAAGGCAAUCCAUGGGUUCUGAGGCUUCUUGUGAUAGCUUGCAUUUCUUUGGCUGCAAAGAUGAAGGAAAUACAUUUCUCUUCCACUAAUUUCCAGAGAGAAGAAGGGUUCAUCUUCGAUGCCCAAGCUAUUCAAAGGAUGGAGCUUCUGAUUCUUGAUGCUUUGAAUUGGCGAAUGCGAUCAGUUACACCCUUCUCAUUUAUCUGUUUCUUCAUGUCUUUGUCCGAAUUGAAAGACCCACCUUUGACACAAGCACUAAAGGAUAGAGCUUCAAACAUAAUCUUCCAAGCUCACAGUGAAAUCAAUCUGUUAGGGUUCAAACCAUCAAUCAUUGCAGCAUCAGCUCUUCUUUUGGCAUCACAUGAGCUAUUCCCAUUGCAGUUUCCGUCUGUCGAAACCUUAAUUUUGUCUUGUGAAUACGUGAAUAAAGAGAGCCUGUUAAAAUGCUUUAAUGCAACGCAGGAGAUGGUGGCUAACCAAAUCAGCGAAUCGAUUGUAGAUACGGUGUCAAGCUCGAGUACAAGAACCCCAUUAAGUGUAUUGGACUGCCACGGCACCAGAGCAGAAAGUGAGAGUACCACUAGCACCACGGCUGCCACUGCGAUGGCAGAAAAGAGAGAAAUCAAGCGUCGAAAAUUGAAUGGUUUUUGCAGCGAAAGCAAUAGGGUACAGAUUUCCCAGAUUCAACCAUGUGGAUAAGAUUCAGCUAGAUUUUUCACUACCCAAUUGUCCUAAAGGUGAAAAAAAAAA